AAAAAGUAUACACACACACGCGCGCACGUACACGCGCGCGCGAGGCACACGUACGGGGCAAGGUAGACGGGGCGGGAAUAUACGUAUACGGGGUUAUAUUAAAGAGAGAGAAGUAAAAUAGGGAAGCCGCGUCGACGGAUUCGGCGAAAAGAUUUCGGGGCGACGACGACCGCGACACAACGAUAACGACGACAACGACGGCGACGGUGGCGGCGGCGGCAGUGGUGGUGGUGGUGGUGGCUGUCUUGUAGUGGUAGUGGUGGUGGUUGUUGUUCCGCGGUGCGAGCGGACCGCGCGCGGCGCGGCGCGACGUCAGGCCCGAUGUAAAUCAAAGUUGCCGAAUCGCGCACGGUUGAGCGUACGUCGCGCAGUGAGCAUCGCCGCCGCAGGCACGCGCCGCGGGUGACGAGUGCCAACGGAGUCAGCCUCCAUAGCGCGGACGGCGAGAAUACGUAUAUACACGGGGCACGUAGUAACCGACGCCUACGCUUCGUAAUUCGCGCCGUGAUGUUGCUCAAACAGAUGCUGGAUCCGAGUGUGCUAACGGACCUGGAGGAGCUGACGCUUUGCGGUUGCUGCAAGCAGAAGUACAAUGACGUGGAGCAGUGCCCGAAGUACCUCAGCUGCAAGCACUACUUCUGCCUGCGCUGCAUCGAGAACAAUCUGCUGAAGGGACGCGACCUGUUCUGCGCGCACUGCUGGAAGAAGACGGACCUGGGCGACCAGGGCCCGGACGCUCUGCCCACCCACUCCGCUCUGCUCGCCCUGGCCAACAAUCUACCGUGUUUGAAGAUCACGCCGAACAACACGUCCAGCAAGCUCGUGGACAAGGAGAGAAAGAGCGAAAACUGUCACACACACGGGAUGCCACUGGCGCUGUGGUGUGCGACGUGUUGCACGGCGCUUUGCAGAGCGUGCGCGAGCCCGCAGGAUCACCCAGGUCAUCAGAUCAAAUCGCAAACCGAUGCCAAAGAACAGCUCAUAUCCGACGUUCAACUGGAGUUAGUCACCGUGGGUAAACUGUCGUCGGAGAUUCAAAGACUGGCCGCGCAGCAACGCGACUUUCUGUUAAAGGUGCUGGAGGCGUGCAUGACGCUGAAGACGCACGUCGAGACGGAUCUGCACAACGGCUGGGGUCACUUUCCCGAGAUAACCGAUGCACGCGAAACCCUAGGUAAGACGAAGGUCGGCCUGCAGAUGAGCGAAACCCCGGGCGACGUGUACAGUUUACACUCGCAGCUAAUUCUCGAGAAGCAAAGGCUGCAGUCCAAGUAUCAGGAGAUGAUGCUGCAGUGCCAGCUAGAUGAUCUCAUUGGCAACUCCGGGGUGAUCUUCGACUUCGCCUUGCUCAAGCAGGCAUUGGCGGGCAUACACACGGGGGACCCGAUCAUCCCUCAGGGCAACGGGGGUCGCCUAUCGAAUCAUCUCGCGGCCACACACAACCCGAUUUUGUUCCUCGCCAAUUACUGCAUGUCGCAAUUGUACACGCGCCACGUCGUCAGCAAGCAGCAGCACAUGCAAAACGGUUCGAUGGAGUACCAUCAUUCGAGCAUGAUGCCACCGCCGCAGCAGGCGCCAUCCGUUCACGUUCAUCAGGGUCCGCCGCCGCCGCCGCCGCCGGCAGGACCGGGGCCCAACCAAGCACCCCAGCUUCUCAUUCCACCCGGCUCACCGUCCGUCAAACCCGUGCCGCCCGCACCGCCCAACGCCAUACUGCAUCCGCAGCAACAGUCGACGUUCAUGUCCGACGCGGUCGGCACCGGCGGCGGCAGUCUAGUGACCGUCCACUCGUCCCCGCAGCCGCCGUCCAACGCGAUCACGGCGGGCAUGACGCGGGGCCCCGCGAACCCGUAUCCCCUCUACUACUUCAGCAUCGAGGUGAACGGCUCGCCGCACGGACGUAUCGUAAUCGAGGUGCGGCCGGACGUGGCGCCCAAGAUGGCCAAGAACUUCAGCGUGCUGUCAACGGGGGAGGCCGGAGUCGGCUACAAGGGCUGCACGAUAUUCCAGUGCUGGGAGGGCGAGUCCGUCAUCACGGGCGACUUCGAGCUUAACAACGGCCGCGGCGGGCGCAGCAUAUUCGAGGACGGUUACUUCAUGCCGGACGACACCAAGUUCCCAGCGGUUAGGGGCGCGGUGGGCAUGAGGCGGACGCAAAAGCGGCACGACAACCUCGGCAUGGUCGGCUCGCAAUUUCGCAUAAUACUGCAGGAGAUGCGCGGCUUCACCGGCAUCUUCGGCCACGUGGUCGAGGGACUGGAGCUGGUGGAGAAGAUAUCUACGUUCGGCGACCAGACCGGCAAGCCUACCAAGAAUAUUCUAAUCACGAAAUGCGGCAAAUUGUAACGUUUACGCUGUCGCGCUGUCGCUGUCGCGGUUUGUCGCGGUUCCUCGCAACGCCGGGCAAAUCUCCGAGAAACGAGUAUGCAUAUAUAUAUACUCGGUAUAUAUAUAUAUACACGAUAUGAUAUAACGUCGUAUACAACACGUUUUCCUGCUCUAGAUAACCGAAGGGAAGGUCGCCACGGUAUCCCCGACUCGCGCGUUCGCGGCCGCGAGAGAAACCCUAAUACGUAAGAAAGAGAUGCGCAAAGUGACAAAGAAACAAAAAAAAAAGAAUCGCGUUUACACACGUAAUUGUCCGACGACGGGAGACGAUUAUUGUUACUAUUAUAUUCGCCGCGCGCGUAUGUCCGCUCGGGGACGUCGUUGCGACGUCGUUUAAUUAGCUCCGCGAAUCCUCGACGCGCUCCGUACGAAUCAUGCAACUUAAUUAACUAUUAACAAUAGUGUCUAAAGAUGUCGAGUCUAUUUUUAAAACAUGGGCGUGUGCGAGAAGACGAAAAAGAGAUAAAAAUCCAUAUUUUGCUAUUGACUGGGAAUCGAUACGAGAUUCUGCUAACAAUAACGAUGAUGAUCGACACAUUUAUACACUCACUCACACAAACACACACACACGUACGUACCUCAGAGAUCAACCGUGAUAUACGACUUCUCUAGCUGAUACGACGUAUUCGUUUUGUUUUUUAGGGAGAGAGAGGUCUGACGUUUAUUUUGGCUAUUAUCGGCAUUAACUCUUCUACGACGUUGUAGUUUCAUAGAAGCGCGCGUCGCGCGCGCGUUCAACGUGAUAUAAAUGGAGAAAAUAAUACCGCGCGGAUAUCGCGGCAGACACGGUUCUCCGGCCGGCUGCGAGCGCAGCUAACGUUUUAGGUCGUAGAUAGCGAAUAAGUGGGGGAUAACAAAAAAAAAUAAAUGCACGCGUAGAAUAACCCGGGGAUUUAAGUGUAGCGAACUUGUCUUGUCCGAGGCAACCGAAGCGUGUGUCGUAUACGCGAGACAUAUUAUAUAUUUACCGGAGGAGGCGAAAGAGCGAGAUUCGCGCGCGAGCGAACGCAUUCGACUCUUUCGACCCUCGCUCUACUUUUUAUUUUCUUUGCGACCCUCGCGACUUGCUGCUUAAAAGUCGCGAGCCGCGCGAUUCCACUGUACGCAGGUCUCUCGUUUAGAUAUCUUAGCCCGGGAGAGGAAGAGAAGAGACUAUUCGGCAUAGUUAAUCACGUAGGAUGGCAGGUUUAUGGUUCGUCGGACACGGCGAUCGUUCCGUUCCGUUCCAGGGGUGCGAGGAAAAAGAGCUAAAAGGGAAGAGUGAAAAAGAAGGGGGGGGGGGGGAAAGGAGAAAAAAAGAAGAGAUAUUCAUCGCGCCCGCGCGUACUUGCGAAGAAGAAUCUUGCGAAUGCCGGCCGCUCGGAUACUCGCGGCCCAAGCCCGUUUCCCUUUUCGUUCUUUGCGAACUAGCGAACCGUCGUUGGGUUAUAUCUGUAUUUAAGAUUAGAUCUCAAUACGUCGCAUAUGUAUGCAAGGCCUAAAUACUACUACGUAGACCGUAAGCCUCGUGUCGUUUAAUCGGGAAACGAAAGAGAAAAAGAAGAAGAUUAUGUGCGGAUAUAUAUUAAACGAAUCAUUCCUCGAUGCUAUAUAUCGAAAAUACUACGAUAUAAUGUAAACUGCGUUAUAAUUACUCGUCUGAAUCCUCGUAAUGAAGUCCCAUGCGUUAUUAUCGUUACGUACAGUGUCACACACGCGCGCGCGUACGCGGGGAGGCGGAUGCGUAUCUUCUCCCUCCCCCGCGAACACACGUGCGUGCGUAUAAUCUCCACGCGCGUACAAGGCAAGGCACACUCACGCGUAACAAAGCAGAAAUUUGCACGCCCUCGCGUCGUCGCGGACAUGCCUUCUCGAAGAAAAGCCUCAUUCGAUGUUGAACUUGAAAGUUUUAACACUUGUUGAUUAGCUGAUUAAAAAAAAAUGAAGUAAAAGAACGCGCGACUCUCGCGAUCGACGUCGCGACGAUUGACGCCAAGUGCGUAAAUGCGCGUCACGUCGCGCGUCGCCUUUAGGGAUAAAUAACUCGCUCCUGUACGAUCAAGAGCGGCAAUGGUGUCAAGUGUGGCGAACUGCGCUUUGGGCAUCGAGCACUUCUCUCUUCUCUAGACGAGAGAGACCAGCGGUUUACGACUGGCUAGUAUCUAGAGAAAGUUCAGGGAGACAGAGAGGCUGGUUCGAUCUGAAAAGCAGUUCUCGAUCUCCCCACGCCGGAAGCCAUUUUUGCUCUCGGUUGCACACGUACAAUAUUGUAUACACGACGACCGUAAGGGGGUUCGGGGGGGGGGGGGGUUUGGUUGGAUGAUUGUGUGUUCGAACGGAUGGAUGAAUGAGCGAAUUCUCCCGUUUCGAUCGCCGGAACGGGGAAGACUCCGACAAAUUGUAACUCUUAGUAACGUAAUCGUAGACGCAAUCGUGAGGAAAAGAACAUAUUGUAUCGAAGCGAGUGAAGAUCAGGCCCACCUGUACACGUACGCAGACACAGAUACAGACACCUAUGCGCGCGCGUAUAUAUUAUAUAUAUACAAAUACACACACACACACACACACACAAAUAUAUAAACUACGUAUAUAUUUUUAUGAACGUGAUGAGGUAACAACGCAUAGCUUGUAAUAUCGAUUUUAAUGACCGACCGAUUUACCUGGCCCCUCGCGUGCGAUUAAACGAUUGAGCGGCUGUAAGCACUUGGACAAGUUCUUUCCUCGCCUUUCUACCUCGCCAUUGUUUCCCUCGGUAUUUCUCUCCCUUUUCUUACUUCCGCUCUGUCUCUGUCUGUCUCUCUCUCUCUCUCUCUUAUUCCUCGCUCUCGAGUUGCGGUGAUGAUCAUUGAAAACGCAAAGAUCGUGAUCUUUUUUUUUCAGGUUCGCGGUAAUCACCGUAAGAGCCAUUCGUUUAAACGAAUUUUAUUAUUUCAUUAUACAUGUGCGAAGUGAACGUUUAUUGCCCCAACUUAAAUGUACUUUUAAUCAAUCGAUUUUGAGUUAUAAACUGUUCUUCUCCUUUCA